AUGGCUAAGUCUGGUAUUGCUAUUGGUUUAAACAAGGGUCACAAGACCACUGAAAACACUGUUGCCCCAAAGAUUUCUUACAGAAAGGGUGCUUUGUCCAAGAGAACCGCUUUCGUUCGUGAGAUCGUCAGAGAAGUUGCCGGUUUGGCUCCAUACGAGAGACGUAUCAUUGAAUUGAUCAGAAACGCUGGUGAAAAGAGAGCCAAGAAGUUGGCCAAGAGAAGAUUGGGGACCCACAAGAGAGCGAAGAGAAAGGUCGAAGAAAUGAACAAGGUCAUUGCUGAAACCAGAAGACACUAA